CUGGACGACAGGUGAAUGGAACGUGUGCUCUGUGUCGUGUGGCGGCGGCUCCCAGGUCCGCAAUGUGCAGUGUGUCUCCCAUGAUGCAUCAGGGCCCCGUGUGGUGGAGGACGCCGUCUGUGCAGCCUACGCCCUCGUCCCGCCCACCCUGCAGACCUGCAGCAUGCAGCGGUGUGUCUCCUGGAGGGCCUCUGUCUGGAGUGCGUGCUCAGUGACAUGUGGGACAGGCGAUCAGUCCAGAGAGGUGAUGUGUGUCGGAGCAGCAUCAGUCCAGUUAGCAGACACCUCCUGCACCGCCUCACUCCGCCCUGUAGCCACCCAGCCCUGCUCCAUGCCCGCGUGCCUACUGGCUGUCAGCUGGCACGUUGGAGACUGGGGACUGUGCUCUAAAAGCUGUGAGUCAGGUCUGCGUGAGCGCCAGGUGAUGUGUUCUGACAGAGAGAGGAACCUGUACCCAGUGGAACACUGUAACUCGGUCCCCAAACCCCUCACAUUGGAGACCUGCAACACACAGCCCUGCUACCACCCACAAGUUGUCCCCAGUAUGCAGGAUCCCAGAGGACAAGGCAACACACAGCACGUCUUCAUUCCUUACGUCCCCGAUCACGCUACAGUCCUCAGACCAGACUCUGCUGACCACCUGACCAACACAGUGUACCAUGCUCACAACUCCGGGCCAGCCCAACACUGUAGCCGGUCCUACUACGGUUGCUGUCCAGAUGGAGUGAUGGCUGCUGGGGGGACAGGGGGUCUGGGCUGUCCACGGGGAUCCAGCCAUCCUCCCAGCCCUGAGCAGGCUAUCUGUACCACCACCAGGUAUGGAUGCUGCAGGGAUGGUGUGACUAUAUCACGGGGUUCCAACAGGGAGGGCUGUCAGGAGUAUGGCUGUAUUAACACCAGGUAUGGGUGUUGCAGGGAUGGUGUGUCUGCAGCACAGGGACUCAACAAGGAGGAUUGUCUGGAACAUGUCCCUCCUGCCCAGCCCACG